UCCCCCCCGCCGGUCUGGCUGUGAAAGCGGCGCCUCAGUCGCUCCGCAGUGUGCCCGGAGGUGGUGGUGGUGCUGGUGGUCUUCCUCCUCUUACGUUUCCUCCUCCUUUCGUUAAGUUUUCCUCACGGCAGCUCAAGGGGGAAACGGCUCCUUCGCAACGCCGCGAGCACCAUGCCCUACGAGCUGAACAGCGUGUUUGCCUGCCUGCCACAAGUGGAACGUGGCGUGCCCAAGGUACUGGGUGGGGACCCCAAGGGAGUCAACUUCCUCUACACCAAUGGGCGCAGCGUCAUCAUCCGCAACAUUGAGAACCCCGCAAUAGCGGACGUGUACACAGAGCAUGCACACUUCACCUCCGUCGCCAAAUAUGCGCCCAGUGGCUUCUACAUCGCCUCUGGAGACACCUCGGGCAAGGUGCGCAUCUGGGACACGACCCAGAAGGAGCACCUCCUCAAGUACGAGUACCAGCCAUUCGCGGGCCGCAUCAAGGACAUCGCUUGGACCGAGGACUCCAAGAGGAUUGCGGUGGUCGGCGAGGGGCGAGAGAAUUUUGGCGCCGUGUUUCUGUGGGACUCGGGCUCCUCGGUGGGUGAAAUCGUGGGCCACAGCAAGGUGAUCAAUAGCGUGGACAUCAAGCAGACGCGCCCGUACCGCCUCGUGACGGGCAGUGACGACAACAACGCCGCCUUCCUGCAGGGCCCGCCCUUCAAGUUCCAGUUCACCACGUCGGAUCAUUCCCGCUUUGUCAACAGUGUGAGGUUUUCGCCCAACGGCAACUUUUUUGCCACAGCCGGCGCAGAUGGACAGAUCUUUAUAUACGACGGGGCCUCCGGACAGAAGGUUUCCUCCCUGGGAGGCGAGAAGGCCCACGAUGGAGGCAUCUACGCGGUUUGCUGGAGUCCCGACAGCACCCAGCUCAUGUCGGCAUCGGGCGACCGCACGGUGCGGUUGUGGGACGUGGCCGCGGGCCGCGCCACCACCACCUUCACCAUGGGCGCCGAAGUCAACGACCAGCAGCUGGGCUGCCUCUGGCAGGGCCAGCACCUGUUGAGCAUCGGCCUGUCUGGCUACAUCCACUACCUGGACCGCAACAAUCCUAGCAAGCCAAUCCGCGUCAUCAAGGGACACAGCAAGUCCAUCCAGAGCUUGACGACGCACACCGGUUCGGGGUCUCCGACCAUCUACUCGGGCAGCUACGACGGCCAUAUCAAUUAUUGGGAUGCGAAGACUGGCGUCAAUGAUGGCUUCUCGGGGCACGGCCACACCAACCAGGUGUCUAAGUUGGUGGUGGAGCCCAAGAGCAACACCCUCGUGUCCUGCAGCAUGGACGACACCCUGCGCUUCACCGAUCUCAACAAGAAAUUGUACAGCCCCGGGGAGGCCGUGAAGCUUGACUCCCAGCCCAAGUGCGUGGCCGUGGGGCCUGGGGGUAUCACUGUGGCAACCUGCAUCGAGCAGGUUGUGCUGCUGAAGGACAAGAAGCGUGGCAUUGGUUUGGAGAACCCGGGUUACGAGCCUGAGGUGGUCGCCAUACACCGUGACGGGGUCACCGUCGCUGUUGGAGGCCAGGACUCCAAAGUGCACUUGUAUAAGGUGCAGGGCAACACCUUGGCGGACGCUGGUGUGGAGCCCCUCUCGGUCCACGGUGCAGUCAUGGAUGUGGCCUUCUCGCCAGACGGGACGUUCCUGGCCGUGGGCGACGCAAACAAAGUGGUCUCCAUCUUCAGCGUGGCCGACGGCUACAAGUUGGAGAAUUCCUACUAUGGCCACCAUGCCAAGGUAGUGUGCUUGGCGUGGUCACCCGACAGCCACCACUUGGCUUCCAGUGGCAUGGACAUGAUGGUGUACGUCUGGACGAUCGGUCAAAUGGACAAUAAAGUCAGGAUGGCAGACUGCCACCGCAUGAACCACGUAAGCGGGCUGUCGUGGCUGGACGAGCACACCCUCGUCACCACUUCGCACGACGCCUGCAUCAAGCAGUGGACCAUCACCUUCAAAUAAUGCGCCUGCCUUCCCCUUCGCACGCGAGUGGAGACCCUGCACCCCCCGUCAAGUCUGGAGCCGCUCAGCCAGCCAUUGGUUUAUUUGUCAUCCAUGGAUCACGACAUCAACACUUCAUAACAAUAGGCAGUUUGGUAAACAAAAAAAGUGGAAUAUUUUAUUCUGCCUGUCAUCCUGGAUAGAUUGAGUACCAAUUUAUGCAAUGUGCUCUGGUUGCAACGGUCCUUGCCUAAUGAAAAUGUAGAAUUUCCGCUGGCUCAGGAGCACACCACCCUAUUGAUAAUUUGAGCUGGGAGACACUUGACUUUUUACAUCACCAAUUACUUUCUUGAAAUGAUUAACUUUGUUCAGUGUGAUUGUUGGUUAAGUGCAGGUGACUCCUGACUUUGUCUUGACUGCAUGGGAGAGGUGUCUGGGGAGCGAGUUGUCUCGUCAACCUGAAUCAUGUUUCAUAAAUAUGCAUCGAUGAUAUUUUUGUUUGCGUUUUUUCCUUGCUUUCUUACAAUUUCUACAAAGCAUUGAUAUACAUUUGGAGAAAAAAAUGUCAGUCAUUGUGCUGCUUAGAAUGGUGAACAUUCCAAAGGGAUAUAUUUUGUUUGGUACUCGGUGAUUGGUGUAAACACUUAACUUAAUUGAUUGUUCUAAUGGUUAGUGGUGAGAAUGCACGUGGUGUGCAGCUACUGUAUUUUUAAUAAGGAAGCUGGGUUGGUGUGUUUUUGCCUGCUGUCUUGCUGGAGUAAUGGAGUUAUAGCACUACAUCUUUAGAAUGGUUAUUAAAUGACCAGAUCUUGAAAGUGGCACUUGUGAUAUUGUUAACAGAAUGUGUACCCCGAGUGAUUUGCAACAAUAAAAUGCCAUUUGUUCAUUGUGGCCCACA